UGCUAAAUAUCAGUGUUUUGAAAAGGUAAUCAAUAUAAUGUAAAGUGCAUAUAAUAUCACUGAUAUAUUUGGUAUAUCUCCAAUAGCUAAUCUGUCGUUAAAAUGGUUUGGUCGUCUGCACAUAUUAGUACUUUGAUUGAAGAAUACCAGAAAUAUCCCUGCUUAUAUGCUGUUAAACAUCCAUUACACCGCAAUAGAAAUGCUCGGGCAAAUGCUUUGACAAAGAUUUGUGAAGUAUUAUGUGAAUUGAGACCAGAAACAACUAUAGAAGAAAUUAAGACUAAAUUCUCUAGCCUGAGAACAACAUUCCUUAGUGAGAAAAGAAAGAUGGAAAAGGCCAUAAAAAGUGGAGCUGGUGUAGAUUGUGUUUAUGUACCAUCAUUAUGGUAUUUUGAAAAAAUUAGUUAUUUGACUGAACAUGUGACUCCAAGACCAUCAAAGUCAAAUCUAGAUGCUUGCGAAGAACAGGAAUCACAUAACGUCCUUUCUCCUAUAAUACGUGAAAGAAAAAACAAAAACACUAUUCACCUCGUAGAAGACGUACAGGAAUAUGUAGAUCAAAAUAACCUCUUACAGAUUUCAUGUGAUGAAACAAAGGACAGCAAAAAUGAACAGAAAACCAUUUGA